AUGCAGUUGAACUUGUAGCUGUAAACUAGCAAGUCCAUGGCCAGCUGAUUGUCAACAAACUAACGUCACGAAAUUGCCGGAAUAAAACCAAAACAAACGAAAAUUACCAACCAUUGUACUGCAGGGCGAAAAUAUUUAUCAGUCAUCAAAAGUGGUACUAGAAUUUCAACAUGUGGCCUCUGAUUAUGCAAUUCCUGCGUUCCAAUGCCGCCUACAUCACACUCCCCGUAGCAACUUUAGUUGGUGUGAUAGGAUAUAACAUCGAGGGCCUCCUUUCGGACAAAUACACCCCAUAUAGCCCUUCCAUUCAAGAGAAACGAGCAGAACGUAUUACCGAGGACGAGAAACUCAAAGUGGCGGCCGACGUGGAAAAGCUAGUUUACAAAGAGAAUGUAUUGGGACGAAACCUUUCGCCUUCACUUGAGAAUGGGAAAUAGAUGUUUGUAUUGUUAAGCUUCUGUUGAUAGCAUUUCCUAGUGAUAACCGAGCAAUAAACUCUAGAAUGUUGUUUUAAA